AUGCCUCGCGCAGAGGUUGGCAGCCAGAAAUGGCUGGCCAACAAGAUGAAGGCCAAGGGCCUUCAGAAGCUAAAGUGGUAUUGCCAGAUGUGUGAGAAGCAGUGUCGUGACGAGAAUGGCUUCAAGUGCCACCGUCUAUCCGAAGGCCACCAGCGUAUGAUGCAAGUGUUUUGCCAGAACGCAGGCAGGUUCAUGGACGGGUUCUCGAAGGCUUUUGAACACGAAUUCAUGAAGCUGAUGCGCACUCGUUACUGCAAAACCAAGAUCCUGGCCAACUCGGUCUACCAGGAAGUGAUUUCCGACAAGGAGCAUGUGCACAUGAACGCCACGGUGUGGGUGACGCUAUCGGAGUUCGUGCUCUAUCUGGGCCGAAGUGGCAAAUGCAAGGUCGAGGACAGCCCUCGCGGGUGGAUGAUCGAGUACAUAGACCAGGACCAAAUCCGCCGCGAUCAGGAUGCGGAGGCCCGCCGUAAGCGGGAGAUAUCGCUUGAGCAGCGGCACCAAAAGCUGAUUCAGAAGAUGAUCGAGGACGCCCGUAAGCGCGGCGGUUUCCAGGAGCCCGAAUACACCCCGCUAAUGAAAGAGAGCGACGAGAAGCUGCGUUUCGAGACGAACCUCACCAAGCCCGUGGAGGCCGCGCCGGAUAAGAAGUCCAACGUGUUCAUGGAGCUGUGCAAGAAGGCGAAGUCAACUGCCGCAACUCCCACAUCUGAGAGGCAAACGCCGUCCAAAGAACCCCCUCCGAAGCGCAAAACCGCAAUAGAGACCCUAAUGACUCUGAAUGGCGCCAAGAGGCAGGCGGUCGACAAAGACGUUCCAAAAGCGACCACGCCCGCGCCCGACGCCGUAGAUGCCGGUGCAUCUGAUAAGUGGCUGAUGACCGGCAUCCAGGUGCGCGUCAUUCUACAAUCGCAUCCUUUAUACAAGCACAAAUGCCGUGUGGUGAAAAUUAUGGGCGGGGGUUCACGUGCGCUCAUACAGGACAUCGAGGGCUCUGGCAACUAUCAAGUCGACUCGAACCACGUGGAGACUGUGAUUCCUCCCGUGGGUUCCAAGGUCAUGGUGUUGCGCGGGGCGCACCGCGGCCGCGCAGGCUCACUCACUAAAACACGACCGGACGAUCUGCUGGCUUCCGUGCGCCUUGACAGUAGGUUCUAUUUUCCACCUGUACAUCUCGUGUCAGAUGGCGCCGUGCUUGACAGUGUACAUUACGACGAUAUCAGCCGUACUGACUAG